GAAUAUAUUAUCGAAGUCUGAAAAGUGAUACUCUGGUCGACAAGGUUGAUGAUUAUUGAAGCACGUUUGUUUUUAAUUCCGAUAGAUUUUGUGAGAAAAAAACGUUAAGAGAAACCUUGUGCGGAUUGCUGUCUUCAAAUUAUCGCCGACUUCUUCAAACCAUUUUGUUUUUGCUUUAUAUCAGUGAAUAGCGGAUAUAUAACAAUGUCUCAUACAAUACUAUUAGUACAGCCUGGCCUCAGGCCUGAAACAAGAACAUAUUCAGAUUAUGAAAGCGUUAAUGAAUGUAUGGAAGGUGUUUGUAAAAUUUAUGAAGAGCAUUUGAAGAGACGAAAUCCGAAUACUCCAACUAUUACAUACGACAUCAGCCAAUUAUUUGAUUUUGUUGACCAGUUAACAGAUUUAUCAUGUCUUGUAUAUCAAAAAUCAACAAAUACUUAUGCUCCGUACAAUAAGGAUUGGAUCAAAGAAAAGAUUUAUGUAUUAUUGCGUAGAGCUGCAGGACAUAGCGAGUAAUUAAUGUAUAAGAAUAAAUACGUUUACUUUUAUAUAUAAGAUAAUUUUAAGUAUCUACAUCACAUGUAUCUACUACAUCAUUUGUAAUCAAUUUACAAUUUGCCAUAUUUCAUUAUUUUCAUAUAAUAUUGUAUGCUUUUCUCUU